AUGACUGAAGUUUUUCUCACGGACGCCAUAAUCACGGGUUGUUCGUCUACAGAACUGCGCCGGCGUAUUCUUCAACAGGAUCGUCCACUCAGUGAGAUCGAGGCCCUUGGGAUCACGCUUGAAGGCAUAGAGCAUCAAGUGAAGGACUUCAGUCACAAGGCUAGUGAUCAGUCUACGGAUAAUCGAAUUCUGAAAAUUAGCAGUAAGCCGCUGGGAAAACCUGAUGAUCGUUCUGCAUAUAUGCCACCCAAAUCGUUUACAAAAAAGCCCUACAAGUCACAAAACACUGAUUUCAGUUGCUACAACUGUGGACGACGCGACCAUAUCGCUUCUGCCGAAGUUAGUCCAGCCAAAGGAAAAAUUUGUCAUUUGUGCAAGCGUGUAGGCCAUUUUCAAUCACGGUGUCGGUUUCGCAAACUUCAGGAUAAGUCAACUAUCCAUUCGAAGAAGAAACGUCUCGUUGAGGAAGAGAAGAAUGAUACGCAAAUACUUGAGGACAAUGGAAAGACCUAUUAUGCUUUUCAUACGGGAAAUGACUCCAAUAUUGUCAAAUGCGAAAUCGGUGGAGUAGCACUGGACGUGCUUGUUGAUUCAGGCUCUGAUGUAAAUUUGGUAACAGAUGCAGCAUGGCAAUUUUUGAAACAGAAAAAUGUAAAAAUACAUCAAUCCGCCAAGGGAAGCUCAAGAAUAUUGAGAGGAUAUGCAAGUAACAUUCCAUUGACAAUACUCGGGACUUUUAUCACGGAUGUACCGAUUAGUGGCAAAUCGAUUCGAGCGGAGUUUUACGUUAUAAAAGGGGGUCAAAGAUGUUUGCUGGGAGACCAAACAUCCAAGAGCUUGGGAAUACUAAAAGUUGGACUGGACAUUCAUCUAAUUGGAACUGAUACAAAACCUUUCUCUAAAAUCAAGGAUGUGCAAGUUCAUAUCCAGAUGGAUUCAGGAGUGAAGCCAAUUUUUCAGCCACUCAGGAGAGUACCAAUGCCAUUGGAAGACGCCGUCAACAAAAAGUUGGACCUGAUGCUAUCCAGAGAUAUCAUUGAGAGAAAAGAAGGACCUGCGACGUGGGUUUCGCCUCUAGUGAUCAAUGAUGUGAAGAUGGUGUUUGAGGUUGAUAGCGGAUCACCUAUCACCUUAAUCGGCUUUGCUGAUUUUAAAAAGAAAUUAUAUCACUUGCAGCUUUCGAAAACCAAGAUUGAGCUUGCUAGUUACUGCGGAAGCAAAAUAAAAGUACACGGUUAUGUAAAUGUAAAUGUCAAGUACAGAGAGCACACUUGUAUUCUGCGUUUGUUCGUUGUUGACACGAAUCGACACCCCCUCCUAGGUCGAGAAUGGAUGCGUAAAUUACAUUUCGACUGGAACGAAAUUAUUCGCAACUCAGAUUCAACGGUCAACGCCAUUGCGCUUCGUACACCCGUCUCAGUUGAAGUAAACGAUUUGAUUCGUCGCUUCCCGAAAGUUUUUGAAACUUCUGUCGGACUAAUUCGUGGUAUUCAUGCAAGUUUGAAUUUAAAACCUAACAACAAGCCAAUUUUCCUGAAAGCCCGUUCCAUACCUUUCGCUAUUCGUGAUACUGUUGAGCGAGAGAUAGAAAACAUGGUCAAAAACGGAAUUUUAGUCAAAGUAGAACAUAGUGCUUGGGCGACGCCGGUGAUGCCCGUAAUGAAAUCGAAUGAUCGCGUACGUUUGUGUGGGGAUUAUAAGGUAACUAUCAACAAAUAUCUCAAUAUCGAUGAACACCCACUUCCCACUAUAGAUGAACUUUUCGCAAACAUGGCAGGCGGAAAAAAAUUUACCAAGAUUGAUCUGGCUCAAGCCUAUUUACAGAUGGCCGUGCGUGAUCAAGACCGUGAAAUUUUGACGCUUAAUACUCAUCUUGGUUUAUAUCAGCCAACCCGUUUAAUGUACGGGGUUGCCUCCGCACCGGCUAUUUUCCAGCGGGAAAUAUCGCAGAUUCUAAGUAAUAUACCAGGUGUAUCAGUAUUUCUGGACGAUAUCAAAAUAACUGGACCAGACGAUGAAACCCACUUGAAGCGGCUUGAGUUGGUGUUACUUAGACUCAAUAAUUACAAUAUCCGAGUCAAUGUUUCGAAGUGUGAGUUUUUUGCGGAUCGCAUUGAAUAUUGUGGUUUCGUGAUAAAUAGUGACGGUAUUGGUAAGAUGAAGAAAAAGGUUGACGCAAUCCAAGAAAUGCCACGUCCCAGAAAUCGUGACGAGGUGCGUGCUUUUGUUGGGCUAGUAAAUUAUUACGGCAGAUUUCUCGUUGACCUGAGUACAAAUAUUUACCCUAUUAAUAAUUUACUCAAAAAUAGCGUUCCUUUCGAGUGGAAUAAAGCUUGCGAAGAAGCAUUCAGAUGGGUGAAGAAGGACAUACAGUCAGAUAAAAUACUUGUUCACUAUGACCCAAGAUUACCGUUAAUUUUAGCAACAGAUGCGUCCCCGUACGGCGUGGGUGCGGUUUUGAGUCAUCAGUAUUCUGAUGGCUCAGAGAAACCAAUUCAGUAUGCUUCAAAAACGCUCAACAAAACUCAACAAAAUUACUCGCAGAUUGACAAAGAGGCUUACGCCAUAGUUUUUGGAAUUCAGAAGUUUUACCAGUACCUGUAUGGUCACCGUUUCAUACUGAUCACCGAUAAUAAGCCACUGUCACGAAUCCUUUCGCCUGAAAAAGGUCUUCCUGUACUUUCAGCGUUGCGUAUGCAGCAUUAUGCCGUAUUCUUAGCCUCGUUCGAUUACGAGAUAAGAUUCCGUACGUCAAAAGAAAGCGCAAACGCGGAUUGUAUGUCGCGGUUGCCGAUCAACGAUAACGGUAACAAGAGUUGGAUCGAGGAGGUCGAUCUCAUCGAAUUGAAUCAAAUAGAAACAUUACCGGUUACUGUGGAAGAUUUAGCCAAAAAUACAAGACUUGAUGCGAAUGUGCGAACUCUAUUGGAAGGAUUGAGAAGCGGAAGAUCUGUUGAACCACAUAAUAGGUUCGGCAUAGAACAAAACCAAUUUUCAAUUCAAAAAGGAUGUAUUAUGAAAGGGAUCCGAGUCUACAUUCCCCCACUACUGCGAAGACGUGUCUUGGACGAAUUGCACAUUGGUCAUUUCGGUGUGUCCCGAAUGAAGUCGCUUGCUCGUUCUUAUUGUUGGUGGGAAAGCAUCGAUAAGGAUAUAGAAGAUUUAUCACGCGAUUGCGUCGAAUGCGCUAGUGUCAGGAAAAAUCCUCCAAGAAUAUCUUCUCACUGUUGGGAACGACCAUCAGAACCAUUCGAGCGUAUACACGUAGACUAUGCAGGGCCGUUUUUGGGGUUAAACUUCCUGGUAAUUGUCGACGCACAUACAAAAUGGCCAGAGGUAAAAAUCAUUCCGGAUAUGACAGCAGAUACAACGAUCGUUUAUUUACGUGAAUUUUUCGCAACGUUUGGUGUUCCAUCGGUUAUCGUAAGCGAUAGAGGAGUUCAGUUCACUUCAGAACAGUUUCAGACGUUUCUGAAGAAAAACGGCAUUACGCAGAAGAUAGGGGCACCGUAUCAUCCAGCCACAAACGGGCAAGCGGAACGAUUUGUGCAGACUUUUAAGGAUAAGCUUAAAGCUAUUAAGUGCGAGAAGAGAGAUGUUCAGUUUGAGUUACAUAAAAUCCUCAUGGCGUAUAGGCGAACAGUGCACCCUACGACAGGCAAAUCACCGUCUAUGCUGGUUUUCGGAAGACAAAUAAAAUCUAGGCUUGAUCUAAUGGUUCCAACAAAUGGGGUAGAAAAGAUUCCGCGGGGAGAAGAAAUUGAACUACGUCAUUUUGCGGUUAAUGAUAGAGUUGCUGCACGCGAUUACAUGGGCUCAUCUAAAUGGAGAUACGGCGUUAUUACCGAGCGAUUGGGUGAACUGCAUUACAUGGUGGAGUUGGAUGAUGGGCGUUUAUGGAAGAGACAUAUCGAUCAACUGAGAAGCGGUCCAGCAAAAGAACUACAAUUUGUGAGUGAUCCCACUAUGAUAAAGAUUGACGAUCAUGAAAUUAUGGAUAAGGUUGCAGUUUCUUCGAGUGGAUUGCUAGAAUGGUCGACUAAUGAAGUCCAAACGGCUCACCAGACUCCUAGCUGUUCUACGACAUUGGAAGCAAGCCGUGAAACUCAGUCGGCAGAACCAGAAGAAGGUGCACUGGUAGGAAAUCAAGAGAAACAAAAUGUGGUAACAAGUGACAUUGCAACACCUAAGCGCUCAACAAGAAUAAGGAAACCGCCUAAACGAUUGAAUCUGUAA